GUCAAAACUAAACGCAUUCAUUAAUCACUGGGAAAGGGAGGUGUUGUUAUCGUCGUGAUUUUCUCUUUUAAUUAAUACAAAUUACGCCUUAAUUACUAUGUACAGUUAGAAAACUACUCCACCAUAAUGGCAACUGCGAACGACGAUGAGAUUCUGGAGGGUUUCCUGUGUCCAAUUUGCAAGGCUGACUUGAAAUCUGCUUCGCAACUCACGAGCCACUUUGAGAGCCUUCAUUCGGAGGAGCAGGAUGUUCUGAAGUCUCUGAAGGAUAUAUUUGGGAAGGCGAAGAAGAUAAUAUUGAAUAAUGACGAGAGUGACUUGAAGGAGACCUUUGAUAGGGCCCUGAAGUUGAAUUACCAGGAGCAGGCAUACUACCAUUCUGAAGAGCAAGUGGUAGGUGUAUCACGCAGUUCCACGGAUUAUUUCAAGGCAGUCCGCUCGGCGAGGCUGGAGAGAUAUGCUACUGAGACUAAUAAACUACUAAUAAGACUGGAUAAGCUGGUGUGUAACAUGCCCACUGAUCAAAACUUGAGGAGACACCAUGAACAAGACGUUGUUCCAUGGCUAGACGGCAGCUCUGUGAAACUGUGCCCAAAUUGUGCAAAAGCAUUUAACAUUACAAGACGAAAACAUCACUGCAGACUUUGUGGCUCAAUAUUAUGCCAUGAUUGUUCGAUAUUCUUAGAUUUAAGUAUUGCAAAGGCAAUAGUAGACCCAUCAGCACCAAAAAACACUGAAGUAACAGACCAAGAAACGCUAGAGAAGACAGGUUUACGCCUCUGUGAGCACUGCUACAACCUCGUAGAGCUCCGCAAACAAGUGCAAGACAGCCGGAAUGCCAAGACCAUUCUAGUUACUGCGUAUGAGCAGAUGAGGAGUCUCAUGGAACAGGCUAGACCAGCUGUGGCUAUGUAUGAAAAGAUGUGUCAAAGCCUCUUCGACGGCGAGACGACGUACAACCUGACGGACGUCAACGCGAUGCGCGGGCGCAUCGGCAAGCUGGCCGAGGGCAUUGACCUGCUGAGCAAGCAGAUCGCCGCCCACCCCGCCGCCCCCGCCACCCGCCAGGCGCGGUUGCAAAACUCUAUUAGGCAGGCGGCAGCUCAUUAUAUUAAGGAGGAGCUCCUCUCCCUCCGCAAGCUUCCAACCGAAGCCCAAGUGGAGCAAGUCCGCCGUCAGCGCUACGAGAGAGCCGAGCGGCAGAUACAAAUGGAGCGCGAACGAAUGGCGCGUGAACCAGUUUUGGAAGCGGGACCUAGCUCGGGGGCGGAUAACAACCAACACGACGACGAUGAUCCCUUGUUGGAGCAGAUGAAUAUUAUCAGAGGGUACAUUAAAGAAGCCAGGAGGGAGCUUAGGUUUGAAGAGGUGGCGAUAUUAGAAGCGAAUUUGAAAGAACUGAAAAAAGAAUAUCAAUUCCAGAAACUCUCAAGCAAAUCCUAGUCAUUUCAAGAUUAUAAUGUAAGCUUUAGCAAAUAUUUUUUAAAUAUUUACUUAUGGCAUUUGUUUUUAUUUACAUAAGUAUAGCUUUACAUACCUGUUAAUUGA